AUGUCGAUCCGGAUCUUCUUCGACAUGCUGGCCUAUUGGGCCAAGGAUGGUGACUUCUCGUCGUCAGCAGUCCGUGCGCAUGACCAAGGUUAUCAUUGGCUCUGGAAGGGAGUGGUGGCGCCGGCGGCGGCGGUGUGCCCUCAUCCCGCGUCGACGAUGUUUCUGGAUUGUUUCUUCAAAAUGUUCGUUGUCGCCCGGGACUUCUUCAGCCUCGCGGAGCUCGAAAGGGACCACGCCGGCAGGCUGGUCAUCCACGUCGGCGACGCGCUGGAGGCCGAGGCCGUGCCGGGGGGCUUCGGCGGCGUGCUGGUGGAUCUGUUCGCCAACGGGAGCGUGCUGCCGGAGCUCCAAAAGGCGGACACUUGGCGCCAGAUAGGCGCGAUGGUAGCGCCGGGAGGGAGGAUGAUGGUGAACUGCGGCGGGGGCUGCGUGGAGGCGGAGGAGGAGGGGAGAGACGGCGAGGCAGUGAAGGAUGCGACGCUGCGGGCGAUGGUGGCAGCGUUCGGGGAGGGAAUGGUGGCGGUGCUGAGCGUGGAUGAAAGUUGGGUGGCGAUGACAGCGCCGGUGGCGCGGGCAUCGGAGGAGGCGGCGGCGUGGAAGGCUAGGCUGCCGCCGGAGCUGGGCCACUAUAUUGACAUGUGGAAGCCGCACAAUGGCAAUGUGUCUGCUGAAAUCUCUAAUAACCAGAUGGCAGGGUGCAGCAUGGGUUUUCAGAGAAAGAUUCUUCUGCCCGAGAGAGCCACCAUCCAGAAGACCGACGCUGGAACUCUGCAGCCGCUGAAGAUGAAGCGGCCUCGUGACGGUGAGGACGAAGGCGCUUCGGGGCCGCUGACGCCGACGGCGAACAGCGCAGGGACCGCGCAUCCGCGCUGCCCGCCGGCGCCGCCGAAGAAGCCGAGGCUCGUGCUGGGGUGCAGCCUGGACGGGUUCAAGGUUGUGAGCAUCAUGGACUUGCGUUGCUUCCUUCGUUGA